AUGAGUCAGGGCUGUAGUCGUGACACCAGUCGGGAGAGUAGCAGAGACACCAGUCCGGCUCGAGGGUUCAGUCCGCUGGGACAGAGACCGAUGCGCCGGCGCUACGAAUCUCCCGGCAUGUACUCGGAUGACGACGCCAACAGCGACGCAUCCAGCGCCUGCUCCGAACGCUCCUUUAGCUCCCGUAACGGCAUCGCCCCGCAGCACCUGCGUCAGACGGAGGACAUGGCCGAGAUCCUGAACCACUGCGCCAGCUCCAACUGGUCCGAGAGGAAAGAGGGGCUGCUGGGACUCCAGAGCCUCCUGAAGACGUGUCUGUGUUUCAGUCGCGUGGAGCUGAAGAGACUGUGUGAGAUCUUCACCCGGAUGUUUGCAGAUCCUCACAGCAAGAGAGUGUUCAGCAUGUUCCUGGAGACGCUGGUGGACUUCAUCACGUUGCACCGAGAGGAUCUUCAGGACUGGCUCUUUGUUCUGCUCACGCAGCUGUUGAAGAAAAUGGGGGCCGAUCUUCUGGGGUCCGUUCAGGCCAAAGUCCAGCAGGCCCUCGACGUCACCAGAGACUCUUUUCCUUACGAUCAGCAGUUCAACAUCCUGAUGCGGUUUAUCGUCGAUCAGACGCAGACCCCAAACCUCAAGAUCUGUUUUAUUUUUGUUUACUUUAUAACCCAAACAUCACAGUCAUAUUCCAGACAGAUGGAUCCGUCAGACUUCGUGAACUCCAGCGAGACGCGGUUAGCCGUCUCUCGAAUCAUCACGUGGACCACAGAACCGAAGAGUUCGGACGUCAGGAAGGCUGCUCAGAUGGUUUUGAUCGCCCUGUUUGAGCUGAACACCCCAGAGUUCACCAUGCUGUUAGGCGCUCUGCCCAAAACCUUCCAGGACGGAGCCACUAAACUCCUGCACAACCAUCUGAAGAGCAGCAGUAGCGUGGCUGCUGCAGUGUCUCAGGCAUCUCCCAGCAGCAGCAGCAGUUUGGGACGCACCCCUCCACGACACCCCGUGACCCGCAGCAGUCCCCUGACCUCACCCACCAACGGCUCACACGCAGGACUGUCUCCCAGUCGUUUGUGGGGCUGGAGCUCAAAGCCUUCUUCUAACCUCCCUCCUCCCCACCCCAGCCCCGCCACCCCACCUCUCCGGGCCUAUCGGAGGGCGUAUUCGCCCAGUAUGCUGGAGUGCGACACUGAGAACAUGAACUCAGAGGAGAUCUUCAGCUCAUUGAGAGGUGUAACCGAAGCCAUCCAGAGCUUCAGUUUCCGCAGUCAGGAAGACAUGCUCGAGCCCAUCAAACGUGACGGCAAGAGGGAAGAUACGACCGGAGGUUCAGAUCCUCGUCUGUCCGCUGGUGUGAUGGAGGGAGGCCGGACAGUGCUGGACAACAAGACGUCAUUAUUAAACACACCAUCUCCUCGAUCGUGGGCUCGCGAAUACAACCCAUACAACUACAGUGACUCCAUCAGCGCCUACGAGAAAGGAGCUCUUGCCGUGUUUGACGACGUGGAGCACAUACGAGAUGAUCAUCCACAGGACUGCGGAGAAAACAAAAUCAUGCAUUCGAAAGGUUUUUCUGCAGGACCCAGGCAGCACCUGGAGAUGAUUGGUGAGCUGCUGAAGGAGCUGUCCAAUCACAGCGAGCGUGUGGAGGAGAGGCGGGCCGCUCUGCUGGAGCUGCUGAAGGUCACGCGUGACGACAGUCUGGCUGUGUGGGAGGAGCAUUUCAAAACAAUGCUGCUGCUGCUGCUGGAGACGCUGGGAGACAGAGACCACACUAUCCGAGCGCUGGCGCUGCGUGUCCUGAAGGAGAUCAUGCGCAGCCAACCGGCGCGCUUCAAGAACUAUGCAGAACUCACCAUCAUGAAAACCCUGGAGGCUCAUAAAGACUGUCACAAAGAGGUGGUGCGGGCCGCAGAAGAAACAGCUUUUGUGAGAGUUUUCAGCAGUGCUCCUGCGAUCUCUUAUAAUGCUGUGUGCUUGUUUUCUCUGCAGAUGAAGCUGCUGAAUCUGUACAUCAAACGAGCUCAAACCCUCAACAGCAACAGCAGCAGUUCUUCAGACAUCUCGUCUCACAGCUGA